CGCGUCGCUUGCCGUACGCGGCUGCCCUGCCGCGCAUGCGCAGUGCCGCAGGGGCGCCGGCAGGCUGGGCGGGAGGACGCCGCUGGGGCCGCGCUGAGGAAACACAGUCACCAUGUCAGCUGCACUGCUGCCUAAGCCGCAGAUGCGGCGCCUGCUGGCCCGGCGGAUGAAGCUUCACCUCUUUGGGGCCUUUUUUGUGUCUGUGGGAUGUGCAGCUUUAUACAAGUUUGGAGUUGCUGAGCCCAGGAAACGAGCUUAUGCAGAGUUCUAUAAAAACUAUGAUGCCAUGAAGGACUUUGAAGCCAUGAGAGCAGCUGGUGUGUUUGAGUCUGCACCACCCAAAUGAUGGCAACAGCAGUCACAGAUCCCCUGCAGUCUAAGGAGACUUGAAGAGUGAGCCUUACCUGCUGACAGUUGUGAAGUGUGAUGCAUUCGGUGCAUGGCACACCCCAGUGUCAAUAAAUAAAACACUGCACCAGUGACAA